AUGCUGUCGCGCUCCCGUGUCAACCGAUAUCUACGCGAUCAUGGCGCACCACCUCCAGCAGGAUUCUCAAUAUUGCUUCUGAGUAUGUGUUUAAUCACAUACCACCAAGAUUUGGUKCCUCCGUCCGCGCAUCCACUUGAUCAGGAAACGCUCUACGUGACCACGAAGACUCUUUUCGGCCUAGUACAAGCAUCAUUUCCGCCGUCAUUACAUCUGAUUCAGGCCACUUUGAUAAUGGCGACGUACGAGUAUGCGAACGGCAAAAUACACGAUGCAUUUGCUUCGAUUGGUCUUUGUGCACGCAUGGGAUAUGCUGCACGUAUUGAUACUGCGCAGGCAGAGCAGAAGAUGGAGGAUGAGGAAUAUCUAGAAGCUCAAGAGAAAAGUAAUACGUGGUGGAGCAUCCUUAUUUGCGAGAGGUAUGAUUCUCCCCUGAGACUGUGGAGGAAAGUUGACAUGUACAGGACGGUUUUAUGUGAAACCGACCUUAAGCAACCCUUAUCAACAAGACUACCGCGCAAUACUACCGGUCACCGACCCAAGGGUUCUCCUAGACAGCGAGUCGGCUCCAGUGCUAAAUCAGAAACCGACGAUAGUGAUGCCGGAGGCUUCGCAUGCAUCGUACAGGCGACAUAUCUUUCGGAUCAAGUUGUUAAAGCGCUUGACAUGGCAGAUUUUGAGUCAAGAUAUAAUCAACUAUAUGGUCUCGACUGUGCUCUUCGAACUGUUCUAGCCGUCAUUAUGGAUCAAAGUCAGGGGAGGGGAGGCGUCUACUGCACGGCAAUUAUCGUCCUUCUCAGGUGA